AACUGUUGCAAUUGCCGAGUUAUCUCACAAUGACUUCACAACUUUAUGCUUGUAAUUUCUAAAAUCUAAGUAGCAUUAGUUUAUGUACAUCCAGCGUGAUGAAGUUGAUCGUCGCGAUCGUACUCUCUAUCGUCUGUGUCCUCUGUGCUGUGAAGCAACUGCAGUGCGCCAGGAUCCUAGGUAUCGUUCCAACGCCAUCGUACAGUCAUCAAAUCCCGUUCAGACCGUUAUGGAUAGAAUUAAGCAAACGUGGCCACGACGUGGUACUCAUCACGCCGAGUCCCAUCCCCAACUUGAAUCUAACCAACUUCACCCAGAUCGACAUUGGCGAAUCCUACGACAAGUUGAGGUCAAUUAAUUUCAUAAAUCUACGAUUCAAACAGAAUAGCUGGUUAGAUUUCCUGUACGGGAUUCUCUUAAAUUACUGUGAAAAUAUUGCACACCAAGUGCUAAAUCAUACGGAAGUGAAGAAGCUCUACGACCCUAGCAGCGACGCCAAAUUCGACGUGGUAAUGGCCGAGACUCUCUACACGCCCGUUAUGCACUCCUUCGCAUACAGAUUUAACACGCCCAUAAUAGGACUCUCCUCGCUGGGGAUCCUUGGAAUCACAGAACACUCUCUCGGUGGUUUCAUGCUACCUUCGCACGAGUACACGUGGGAAAUGGAAGGACGCACAGGAUCAGACGUGUCGUUUUGGAGGAGAUUACAGAAUUUUGUGGCAAUGUGGCGCAACGUCAACUUCCUCUAUGACAACCUAUACACUAGUCAACAUAUCAUAGCCGAGAAGUAUUUCGGAAUACGUUUACCGCCCCUGAUCGACAUGCUGAAAAAUACUAGCAUGUUGUUCGUCAAUCAGGCUGACAUUAUGACUUCAGCUAGGCCGAAACUCCCAAAUGUGAUCACUUUCACCUCGUUCCACGUAGACGAGAUCUCGAAACCUCUGCCAAAGGAUUUAGAACGCUUCGUGGAUGACGCACGCGAAGGAUUCAUCUAUUUCAGUCUUGGUAGCAACGCGUUGAGCUCAGAUUUGCCGAGGGAAACUAUGCAGGUUUUCCUAGACGUGUUCGCCAAGUUGCCUUACAGAAUCGUGUGGAAAUUCGAGACAGAGUGGCUGGAUAAACCUGACAACGUCUUCACCGGGAAAUGGUUGCCUCAGCAAAGCAUUCUUGCACACCCGAACAUCAAGCUGUUCCUUUACCAAGGAGGACUGCAAAGCAGCGAGGAAGCUGUUCAUUUCACGGUACCUCUUGUAGGGUUUCCAGUGAUGGCGGAUCAAAACUACCAAGUGCGUAGAAUGGAAGCCCUUGGUGUUGGAAAGCUCUUAGACAUUACGACCGUGACGAGAGACGAAUUAGAAAGUGCCAUUCGAGAGCUCAUAAAUGAUAGCAAAUAUAAAGAAAACAUGAUCAAGCUAAAAAAGAUCGUCAAUGACAAUCCUUACGAUUUAGUGGAGCAUCUAUGUUGGUGGACAGAGUACGUGAUUCGUCACAAUGGUGCACCGCAUCUGCGUUCCAGCUUGGCUGAUCUGCCAUGGCGCCAUCGUAACGACAUAGAUGUCGUAAUGUUUCUGACAAUCAUUGCGUUUAUAGUGAUUAUAAUUGUGUUUAGAAUAACUGUCAAAAUAAUUAUGCACUUCGGGAUGGGACCAAAGUCUAGAAAUUGGAAACAGAAAAUCAAUUCCGUGAAGAAACUGUACGCGCCUAAUAGCAACGAGAAAUUCGACUUGGUUAUGGCAGAGCUCAUAUGGACUCCCUCCCUUUUCGCGUUCGCUCAUAGAUUUAACGCGCCUCUGAUAGGGUUGAGCUCUCUGGCAAUUCCUAUGUUCCACGAGUACCUCAUAGGUGGGCUUGUACUACCGUCUCACGAAUCUACGUGGGAAAUGGAAAAAAAAGUUGGAUCGAAUCUGUCUUUCUGGCAGAGAGUACAAAAUUAUUUGAUCGCGUGGCGCUCCGUAUACCUUUCCUAUCGGGAUCAACUUUUACCGCAGCAAACGCUCGCUGAAAAAUACCUUGGAAAAGAUAUACCGCCAUUGCAAGAUAUAAUAGCGAACGUCAGCGUUGUAUUCGCGAACCAGGAUGAAUACAUUUAUCCAGCGCGACACAAGUUACCAAACGUGAUCCCGUUCUCUACGUUACAUAUUUCUUCUAACCUGCCUCCAAUGUCAAAAGAAUUAAAACGUUUCGUGGACAACGCAAAGAAUGGCUUCAUCUACCUCAACUUUGGUACCAACGUAAAGUGUUCGUUUCUGCCGAAUAAAAUUAUGCAGAUACUACUCGAUGUGUUUACCAGUUUGCCAUACAAAUUGGUGUGGAAGUGCGACAAAGACCUACCAGUGAAGUCUGAUAAUAUCUUUGUCUUGCCAUGGAUUCCUCAACAGACUAUCCUUGCACACCAAAACAUCAAGCUGUUCGUAUACCAAGGAGGUCUUCAAAGCACCGAAGAAGCUGUACAUUUUGCAGUGCCAGUGUUAGGAUUACCAGUGAUGGCGGAUCAGGACUACCAAGUGCACAGAAUGGAAGCACUUGGUGUUGGGAAGUGGUUAGAAAUGACCACUUUGAAGGCAGAUGAGCUGAGGAGCGUUACUCUAGAGAUGAUAAAUAAUAAAAUGUACAAACAAAACAUGCUAAAACUCAAGAACCUCACCAAGGACAGGCCUUACGAUUUGACGAAACAUCUUGCUUGGUGGACAGAGCACGUGAUUCGUUUCAAAGGCGCUACUCCUCUUCGUUCCAGUGUGGCCAAGCAACCUUGUAAUUAUUUACAUAGAAUAUCAACGAUAACAUCCCCAAUUAUCAUAAUACUUGUGCCAACUCAUCGACGACGAUGCCAACCGCAUGAAAUCAUAGAUACCAUUACCACCUUUUUUUCGUUUAGUAUUUCUGCGAUCGGUUAUAGCUACAGUUCGUCUCAAUUCGUUAAUAUGAAGUUUACUUCAGUGAAAAUACUCACGAUUCUAUGCGUUCUCUCUGCUAUCGAGUAUAUUCGAUGCGCCAGGAUCCUAGGGGUGAUCCCGACGCCCUCCUACAGUCAUCAAAUCAUGUACACAAAAUUGUGGCUGGAAUUGGGCAAGCGUGGCCACGAGUUAGUAGUCGUCACCACGAAUCCAAUGUCCGUCUUGAACAUACCGAAUAUAACGCAGAUCGACAUUAGUAAAUCGUACGGCUCUAUAAAAACUUACAAUUUCAUUCGCAAUCGAUUCGAAAACCUGGACUGGUUGGAGUGGGCGCAGGAAAAACAAGCCGACCUAAUCGAAAUGUUCUCGGAAAUUGUGUUUUCCAAUCAACAGGUGAUAGAUCUAUACAAACCCGAUAGCAAUCAAACAUUCGACGUGCUUAUAAUGGAGAUGAUGACCAUAUCAGCUAUAUUCGCAUUCGCCCACAGAUUUAAGGCUCCUACGAUAGGAGUGACCUCGAUGACGAUGUCCGUUACCGAGGAGGACACUAUAGGCGGCCUGGUGUUACCUUCGCACGAAUCCACGUGGGAAAGCAAAACGUACACAGGGUUGAACCUGUCGUUCUGGCAAAGACUGUAUAACUUCUACAACGUGUGGCGCCACGUGUACGUCAUCAGUCGUACAGUCACUUCCCGUCAACAGUCGAUCGCGGAAAAGUACUUAGGGUCUGAUAUACCGCAUCUGGUGGACAUAGUGAGAAACAAUAGUCUAUUAUUCGUAAAUCAGGACGAUGUCGUCAUACCUCCGAAAAUGAGACUUCCGCAUAUAAUCACGUACACAUCGACCCACAUCGGUGUAAACCCAACACCACUGCCAAAGGAAUUGACGAGGUUCUUGGAGGACGCAAACGAUGGUUUUAUCUACUUCAAUCUUGGCACCAAUGCACCGUCCUCGUUCAUGCCUCCGGAAACUUUGCAAAUAUUCAUCGACGUGUUCUCCAGUUUGCCAUACAAAGUCGUGUGGAAAAUGGAAAAGAAACUAGAUGGAAUUCCUAACAAUGUAUUCACCGCGUCGUGGUUCUCUCAGCAAUCUGUUCUCGGUCACCCAAAGGUGAAGCUGUUCAUAUACCAAGGAGGCGUACAAAGUAGCCAGGAGGCUGUUCACUUUGCUGUACCGGUAUUAGGAGUACCAGUGAUGGCGGAUCAGGACUUUCAAGUGCACAAGAUGGAAAACCUUGGGGUUGGGAAAAGUUUAGAAUUGGUGACCUUGACCAGAACUGAGUUAAAGAAAGCUAUCCUGGAAAUGGUGACGAACAAAAGGUACAAGGAAAGAAUGCUCGAAGUCAGGAGAAUGGUUCAAGAUACGCCCUACGACAUAGGAAAACAUCUUAUUUGGUGGACGGAAUACGUGAUACGUCAUAAAGGUGCUCCUCAUCUUCGUUCCAACUUAGUUUGGCAACCCUGGCAUCAACAAUUCGAUAGGGACAUUGUGAUAUUUUUAACGUUCGUAAUGUGUAUAGCGGCUUCAUUCGCGCUUUUCAUAGCUAACAAAAUGACUGUGUUUAUCUAUAAACAAAGACAAUUGGUAAUUUCGAAACAAAAGCAGAAAACUGGUUAAUCGUUUAUCGAUGCAACGAAAAUUAGCCAAUUAGUUUCGAUUAAGGAACGAGUCUCCCUUAUUUUAAAAUAUGUAAGUAGUUCAAUGUAUUUCAAAUGUAACAUGUUUUUCACUUAGAGUUAAGAUUGCGAGACAAAUAAACAAAACGUCAUCGAUUAAAAUUGAAACAUUUUCUUAUGUGAUAUUAAAUAAAAAUGUAUCUAUAC